UCUUUGAGGACAUCCUUAAGAACUACUCAGUCGUUUAAAAAUACAUUCUCGAUGAGGACAUUUUUUGCAUAAUCAGCACUAGAGCAUGACCUAACAGAAAAAAGAUGGACUCUCCUAAAGUCUCCUCUUUGAAUCACGUUUGUCUGUUUUUACUAGGGUUUUCAGUGUAUUGCCCGGUGCUCUUUUUCAUAAGUGCAAGUCCUGAUAUCCUAGCAGGUACUACCAUCGGGACUUCUGCUAUCUCACUUGCCGAGGGAAUCCCUGGAAUUCUAACAAACAUCUUUGGGAACUGGUUCAUUAGCCGGCUAUCCUUACUGACGUCCCUGGUUAUCGGGACGGUGAGUUGCGUGGCGUCUCUUCUCCUACUAAUACUCGGGGGGGAUGCAUACGUCAGGCUUCUGGCUGUGGCUGGAGUUAACUUUGCUGCGCAGUGGAUGGCUGUGUGGUGUAUGGGGCUCACUGCACAUCUCCGAGAUGACGGGAGACUUAUUAGCGGCUACGAAACGGGGAUAAGUUUAUCGGGUAUCAUUGGUGUCCUUUCAUACACAGCGUUAACAACCUGGCUGUGCGUGUCCCCUCAGGUUGCCAUGACGACAUGCCUUGUCUUUCCGAUCCUCAGUGCUAUAAUAUAUGCUGCACUGGACAAGACAGCAAUUAACGAAAACGUGAAACACAGUGAUGAGUACACCGAGCUAGCGACAUGCGAACAACACGAGGAGGCGCCGAACAAGUCUCAGGGCAAAGACUCCGUAUCAUCUGACCAAAGCAUCGGGCAGGACAAAACUCCUGGCUUCAACUCUGAUGACUACUGUAAAGACUCCAAAUUAGAGAAAGACCCCGAAGAGUCAUUACUGUUGAUUUGCUGGAAAGUGUUUCCUCGCUUUACUUAUUGCUACAUAGCAGCCACUAGUCUGAAAUUGUCAAGACUCGCCAUACUGACUACAAUAGUAACCCCAAGCUCUUACAUCGCCCCCCGAGACCAUUAUAUGUACUACUCCCUUGCAAUUAUCAUUCCACGAAGCGUAGUGGGACUAAUAUACUCCGCAUACUCCCACUUCUUCCCUACCAAUAGGGUAUUAGAGUUUUGCAACAUCUGGCUCAUAUCUACCGUCUGCCUUGCCCAUAUGAUGUUCUUUGUGUUCGUCUCAUGGUACCAUUUCUUACCUGGUCUCUCAGUGACUCUCAUGUUUUGCGUCUCUUUUGGGUUUGCUGAGGGUUGUAUGUGGGUGUUCGGGUUUAUUGGGAUAAAGGAUAUGUUCUCCAAUGUUCGGGACGCUGGAUAUGGUCUAAGUAUUGUAAACUCUGCGAGGCAGUUCGCGAAUUUGGUGGCGGGUCUGCAGGGGGUGAACCUAGAGAGAAUGCUGCUCAGGCACUGUAAGGAGGAACUACUCCUAGGUGAUAACUGCUUAGCCCGAUCGAUUUUUGUAAGAGGUUGGGAGCAACUUCAUUGCUCUAAGCACUAGGAUUAGAUUAAUCUCUUUCAAUGCGAUGAACACUACGUCAGGCCACAGUGGUUACGAUUUGCCAAAACCCAUUUCAACUUUUCGAAACUUUGUGUUAUUCUUCCAUACACUUUCAUAGCCUUAUAUUCGUACUCAUAGAGGCUAGUUAAGAAAUAAUAGAUUGGUAUUUGAGAACUCUGACAUCUAUCCAAAAUCAUAUCAAAACCCAUUUCAACCUUGUGUUCUUCUAUAUACUUUCAUGGCCAUAUAUUCUUACUCAUGGUGUCUAUUAAUAGAUUGGUAUUUGAAAACUCUGACAUCUAUUUUGUACUGGAUAAAAUAAGUAAAUAAGUUAAUAAGUAAGUGAGUAAGUAAGUAAGUAAGUAA